GACGCUCUGCCUUCUUCCCCUCCCCUCCCCUUCCACCGCAGCUCCGGCCCGGGGCUCGCACAGACGCGGUAGUCCCGGUGGUGGUGGUAGCAGCAGCGAGCGAGGGGGUUCCUCUUCCCUUCCCGGCCUCUCCCCGGUUCGCCGGGGGGCGCUGAGCGAAGCCCCCCCCUCACCCCCAAGGCGCCCCUCGCCGCGCUCCGGGAUGUGGAAGCUGGUGUCCGCCGCAGGAAAAGGAGAGCCAUAUUGGCUAUUAAGUGGUACAGAAUAUGUUGUUGGACGUAAAAACUGUGCAAUUUUAAUUCAGGAUGAUCAGUCUAUCAGUCGAAGACAUGCAGUUCUUAGAGUAAGUCGUCCUGAAACAACCCCGAGCCAGUCUCUUUCAGUCCCUAUAUUAACAGUAACAGAUACAUCUAAGUAUGGUACCUUUGUUAAUGGAUCAAAACUUGAUGGUGCUUCAGUGUCUUUGCAGUCUGGUGACAGAAUCAACUUUGGAGUCUUUGAGAGCAAGUUUAGAGUAGAAUACGAACCUUUGGUUGUCUGCUCCUCAUGUUUAGAUGUAGCUCAGAAAACUGCUUUAAAUCAAGCCAUCCAGCAGCUCGGAGGCCUUGUUGUGAAUGAAUGGACUAAAGAGUGUACUCAUCUUGUGAUGGUAUCAGUAAAAGUUACUGUUAAGACUAUAUGUGCUUUAAUUUGUGGUCGACCAAUUAUAAAACCAGAGUUUUUUGUUGAAUUACUCAAAGCUAUUCAGUCCAGGCAACAGUUGCCAAAUCAUGAAAACUUUUAUCCUCCAGUUGAUGAGCCUUCCAUUGGUACUGAAAAACUGGACUUAACUGAGCGUCAUGAAAGGAAAAAAAUAUUCUGUGGAAAAACUUUUGUAUUUCUAACUGCCAAGCAGCACAAGAAACUGGGUCCAGCAGUUAUUCUUGGAGGAGGGGAAGCAAAGUUGAUGACGGAAGGAAGAAAAGAAACAUCUUUACUAAUUUCUCCUGAAGUUUGUGUUGUUGAUGUGGGGUUGACAAACUCCCAGAUGUCAGGAUCUGACCCCACGAGAAACUGGACUGAUUCCAUUCUGACUGUCUUACAAAGCAAGGAUCUCAGGGCUAUUCCCGAGGCAGAAAUUGGAUUGGCAGUUAUCUUCAUGUCUACGGAAAAAUACUGCAACCCUCAAAAGCAGCCUCGUAACAAAGCUGUAACUAAAAGCACUCCAGCAUCAGGUGCUGCAGGGCGAGCCAUUUCCCAGAGUUUGGCCGUGGAUGAAACCAUAAUGGCAACUGCUGCGGAUGACAGCACAGUAUAUGUAGCUGAUACAGAAAUAGAAGAGCAGACAUGUAUGGAGAUAGAGAAUACUCCCCAGAUGGAAGGACAAAGGAAAAUGUCUGUUCAGGAUAGAAUUGCUGUUCAGAAAAACCCUACCACAAGCGGCAGUGUAAAUGCGGGAACAUCAGGAUCUAGAGUGAACAGAACAUCUGGGUUUAGUCAAAAGAGUCAUCCUAUCUCGCCAUCUAAAAUUUCAGAAGCUGGUAAACCUAGUGAGUGUGCUUCACGUCACCAGUCUAACUCAAUUACAAAUUACUUCCAGGUAGCUAGAAAAAGGGAAAGAGCUGAAGAAGGAGAAGAAACAUCUGUGUCCAAACUAGCAAAAGUGGAGGAAAGGUCAUCGCCUGUUUCCAAGUGCACUGAAAAGCCUGCGCUGAAGAGAAAGGAGUUAGAUGAUUUAUCUGAAGAUACAGAGGCACUAGAAAUUGUGUUUGGAAGCAGAGACCUAGACUGGGAAGAUCAAAUGGCAGAUCAUGACCAGGAAACUCAAGGAAACGCACGAAAAAAAAGAUGUUUGGAAGCCAAAGAAAGCAGGAUUCAAGAAGUAAAUGUAAAGCAGAGAGAGGAGAAUAAAAUAUUGGAAGAAGAGGAACUCGGAUCAGUUCUAACUUCAGAAGUGAAAAGUGAGAUCAAGCAGGAGUUGCCAGUCUUGAACCGCAAUGAACUGCAAGAUGACUCCAGCAAUCUUCCUAGUAGACUUCUGUUGACUGAGUUUAGAUCAUUGGUUGUCAGCCAUCCAGGACAGAACAGUCAGCUUGCUGGAAAUACCAGCUAUGGAGGAAAGAAAAAUUUCAAGACCUUCAAAAAGGUAACUUAUCCAGGGGCAGGACAACUUCCAUACAUUAUUGGAGGAUCAGAUUUGAUUGCUCACCAUGCUAAAAAGAAUUCAGAGCUAGAAGACUGGUUAAGGCAAGAAAUGGAGGAACAGAACCGACAUGCAAGAGAAGAAUCACUUGCUGAUGAUCUCUUUAGAUAUGAUCCUAAUGUGAAAAGGAGAAGAUAAAUUGUGACCUGAAUUUACAGUUAUUCUCUAGGAAAAAUCUGCUUUCUGUUUCUUAGGUUUGCUGGUUACAGCGUGAAAUCUAUUAUUGUAAGACUUGUUUUUAAGUCUUGCUUUUAUUAAAGAAAAAGAAAUGUUUCUUUCACUGCUUGGUAAUUACAGAUUGCGCUUUUUCAACACCUUCACGUUAUUUGCUUUAUAUUAAUGCUCAGUAAAAUACCAUAGAUACUUAGGAAAUCCGUUUUAGGCUCUUUAUUUCUAAUGUUUGCUUGUCAUUACUAGCUGGGGGGGGAGGAAGUUAUCAUCAGGCUUUUUUCUUUUCAGAAAGGCUCUGUUAAUUAGAUUUUUUUUUAUAUUGUCAAUUUUGUCUUGAGGUGGAGGUUUUUGAAGACUUCAUAAAUAAGUUAGACAAAACUUCAAAUUUGUAUCUGAGUAAACAAGAAGUAUGCAAUAUUGAUAAGGUCAGUCUUUUUCCUGUUUUUGAAGCUGGUGACAUCAAAUUAUUUUUAGCCAGCCACUAAUUUUGUGCGACAGCAGAUUUGAAACAAAUGUAAACUCAGUGAUUUUUGUCCUAUUAUGUCUUCACGUCUUCAAUAUUUGCUUGAACAGCCUACAGUUAUACUAGAAACACUGUUAUGAACUCUGUAAAAGAUACCAAAAAACUUUGCAGCAGGAACAAGCAUUUUAAUUUUAGUUUCUUGGGAAGGAAGAGAGACAAGUGCAGGUUCUUUCUCUGCGUAUUUCUUUUCCUUUGCAAAUAGAAGAGAACUGUGCACGGCUGUUUAAGAACAAAACACUUAUACAGAAAGCCCAAAAACUGCAUGAUGAAAACCGUCAGAUUAUGAGAGUCUGUGUACUUUCCUGUAGUAUUAAAUGAGAAAUAACCCUGUACAUUCCUCAGAAGUGUAAAUUCCGAUAUAAUGUCGUCUUGUAUUCUGUAAUUGUUUUUAUUUGUAAUGAGACUCAACUUAGAGGGGGAGAAGGCUGAAUUUGAUAGCUUCUGGGAGUCAAGUGUGUAUGUGUGGAAACCCAUGCCCCCAAAAUAAGACUUAAAAAAAA